CCUGCUAGCAGCCACGUUCAAAGUUUGGCGUCCAGCUUCAUGUAAACCUCAGAGAGCAGUAAAAUUAGUUGGUAUUCGGAGGGUUCGGUCCAAAAAUCGGACAUGUAGCGCAGCAUGGCCGACUGGGCGGGUGUUCUUUUGGAGAAACCCUUGUUUGCCUACGGUGUUACUAACAAAUGCGGCUAGCUAACGUUUGUGCAGCUUCUCUUCUUUCUUUUGGGGAAAUCUCUUCAAAAGUCUCUCUGUCCAAAUCGGUGAUUUACGUAAAGGAGAGGGAGACAUAAUUUGUUGGACACAUCAGAAGAUGGACUGACCCUCAAAACGUCUCACCGACUGCUCCUCUCCUCUGUCGUUACCUGACUGUUGGGGCCCCCGAGGGCCACGAGGCAGCAGGUAAGAUGCAGGGCAGCAAGCAGCAUGCCAGGCAUUCGAUCUGGCACUUCCUGUCGCCGUUCCGCACCCGUCAGGAGAGGGUGGUUCUGACCCGGAGCGAGAGCUUGCCUGGGGAGCAGGUGCUGAAGAUCAUGGUCACAGAGACGACGGUGAUCGAGGCAGAAUACGGGGUGUGGAACUGGCGCUCCAUGUCCUACUUGGGCCUCUGGUACUUCUUCAGCUUCUGCACCCUGUUCCUCAAUAAGUACAUCCUGUCGCUGCUGGAGGGGGAGCCGAGCAUGCUGGGCGCAGUCCAGAUGCUCUCCACCACCUUCAUAGGCUGCCUGAAGAUGUUCAUUCCCUGCUGCCUUUACCAGCACAAGUCGAGGUCCGAGUAUCCUCCCAACUUCAUCAUGAUCAUGCUGUUUGUUGGACUCAUGAGGUUCACCACUGUGGUUCUGGGCUUAGUCAGCCUGAAGAAUGUUGCGGUGUCAUUUGCUGAGACUGUGAAGAGCUCAGCGCCAAUUUUCACUGUCAUCAUGUCCAGGCUGAUCCUCGGAGAGUACACAAGUCUGUGGGUGAACCUGUCCCUGUUUCCCGUCAUGGCCGGCCUGGCCCUCUGCACAGCCACCGAGGUCAGCUUCAACAUGCUGGGCUUCUCCGCCGCCCUGUCCACCAACAUCAUGGACUGUCUGCAGAACGUUUUCUCCAAGAAGCUGCUGAGCGGGGACACGUACAGAUUUAGCCCUCCAGAACUGCAGUUCUACACCAGUGCAGCAGCCGUCAUCAUGCUCAUACCUGCCUGGGUGUUCCUCCUGGAAAUUCCAGCGGUUGGGAAGAGUGGCCAGAGCUUCAUGUUCAAUCAGGACAUCAUCCUGUUGCUGCUGUUCGACGGGUGUCUGUUCCACCUGCAGAGCGUCACGGCCUACGCACUCAUGGGUCGGAUUUCCCCCGUUACUUUCAGUGUUGCCAGUACUGUUAAACACGCCUUGUCCGUCUGGCUGAGCGUCCUCAUCUUCAGCAACCAGAUCACAAUCCUCAGCGCCAUGGGCACCGUCGUCGUCUUCAUCGGCGUCUUCUUGUACAACAAGGCCAGACAGAUCCAGAGGAAGACCCUUCAGGCGAUGGCUGCGGAACAGAACUACAAAGCACAGCUGCAGGACCAGGACUUCCAGGCCUCCCACUCUUAAUGAGAACUCUAAGGCCACACAUUCCAUUAAAGAAAAGAAAAACACAAAAAAACUUCUCCUUUCAGGUUUUAUGCAGCGUUUUGAAAAUAAGGUCAAGCUGCGCUGUCCAACAGGAACUACCAACGGUCCUGUUGAACAUCACAAACUGUAUUUCUUUAUCGUGGGCCUGAUAACCACUACAAGCGUCCUUUUUGGUCUCGUAUCAAUCAGUUAAAAAAAAGAGAAACUCAGGGUGAAUACAGCUUUUUAAAGAAGUGAAGAACAUUUGCAUUCCAGAUUGCCUCAUCCUCCAUCUGUGGUACAGCAGCUGCUAAAUGCAACUGUGAAACACUGAAGCUGCAAGAUUAAAAAAACAAAAGUGAGAUGUUGUCAUCUGCACUGUAUCAUCAGAUGUAAACUGUAACUUAUUUGCAUUUUCAAAUGGGUUUGGUGCCUGAAAUAAAUUUUGUUUGACUUGUUCAGCAAAAACUUGCCUGUUUUAACACAUUUUUAACAAUGUGUACAAUAUUUGAGAGACACUUUCUGCAUUCUAGGAAUGCUGCUUUUCUCUCAUGUAUCCGUAGGUGUUUUUGUUUUUUGUUGUAAAUUUACUUAAUUUGACAUACAGUAUACUGUAUAUAAAACUGAAGCUUGUCGUAUUGCCUCUUGUCUGUCUGUGCCCUUCUUCUGCGACCAAUAAAGAUCAACAAGCAAAGAGAAAAAGAAAAAAAAAAACAUCCGAGUCGAGCGAUCGUCUUUCUUACGUCUUCAGCUGAAAACAAUGACCAGAUUUUUCUAAUAAAAGCUAAAUCUGUUCAUUCUA